AUGUUUGAGAGUCAUGUAUCUGACUUACCUGAUUCUAUGCAUGAAAAGGCUCGUAAAGAUGUAAAAGAAGCUCUUUGCCGACGUCUAUUCAAAGACAAUCAAAUAGAAGCUUUGGUUCCGAACAACAAAAAGAAAAGGCUUACUAUCAAGAAAAGAGCUCAAUAUUGUGCAAAAACCAGAGAUGUGUGGGAUAUUUACUUAUAUGCUUUAGACUUAGCCGAAACAAAAAAUAAUGUUAAUAAAGAGAUUGUAGCAUCUAGUUCCUGUCUUUCACAAUUUCGUAAAGAGUUAGCAGAAGCUAGAAUUGAUCCCAAGCAAAUUAAUACAUAUGCCAAAUUACAAAAUGUUACUCAAGCUUCUAACAAAAUUCAGAAGAGAAAACUUGAACAGGGAUUAAUUAGUCGAUCUAAAAUACCUAAACACUUUUUUUUAGAAGAGGAGCUUAGAAAACUUCGGAAUAUCUCAACUACUCUUUGCAUUAUCUAUUAUGAGCCUGAUGAAUCAAAUCCUCUAGAAUGGUAUAAUCCCAAUUACUCUUGGUAUUGUACUGGGUAUAUUAAAAAUAAAGAAGAAGCAAAAAACAAUUUUGAACCUCAACUAUUUCUAUCUAUGGAAAAGAAUCCAGAACAUAUGGAUCGUCAUGAUUCUGGAAUGUAUUAUGCUGAGAGUGAUACUUCAGAUUCUGACCUUGACUCAGAUUUAGAGCCUAAACUCGAAACUCUAGCUUCUACACCCAAGCCAAUUAAUAAGAAUACUUCUGAAAUUGAGGAUAUUUAUAACUUAUAUAGGAGUAUCUAG